AUAGUCCAGGUUAUGUAAUUAUAGAGCAUAUCUGUGGCCCAAACCACCAUUUCCAUGGAAGACAAUAGGAUGACGCGGCCGCAGAAUGCAGUUUUCAGUGGAUGCGCAAGAAAGAUAUAUUCUUAUCCUUCAUGGCCAUGCCGACGAUGACGCGCACGACGUUCCCGAGAGAUGGGAAUUCAGCUUGCCGUCAUCGCCGUGGAGAGGGACAUUUGGGACAAUCUCAUACGGUCAUCCAGUGCCUUCGUUUCAGUCUGCCUAUGGCGUAAAAGGUUGGGGAUGUAUAGCACUCUAUGCAAUCCUUGUCUUGCUUGAGGUUCGAAGGCGUAUGAGAGUCCUAUGGAUCAUUUACAUUGGUAGAACUAGGGGAAGAGCUAGUGGUUACUCGACAGAUAUAAGGUAAUUCUGAGAAGAUUUUAGGAAGAAUAAAGUUAAAAUAGGCUGGAGGGAUCGAUUCU